UUCUUACUUAUCUACCAUAAGAGGUUGCGUAAAUACGAAACAUGGAUAAAUAUUUUGAAGGAAAAAGAAUACUUGUUACUGGUGGUUGUCAAGGGAUAGGUCGUGGAUUAGUCUUAGAACUUUGGAGACUGGGUGCGAAUGUUGUUACUGUUUCAAAUAAUGCUGAAAACUUAAACAAACUCAAAGAGGAAUAUCCAUCCAUUGAAAUAGUGUACGUUGAUCUUCGAAAUUGGAAUAAAACAAGAGAAGUCAUUGAUGCUCUUGGAGUUUUUGAUGGCCUUGUCAAUAAUGCCGGUAUUGCUAUAAUCGAACCUUUUUUGGAAUGCAAAAAAGAAAGCCUAAAUGAAACCUUUGAUGUAAAUGUUAAUGCCGUUAUUAAUGUGAGUCAAGUGGUAGCGAAAAAAAUGAUAGAAAACAAAAGAAAAGGUUCCAUCGUAAAUAUUUCAUCGCAAGCUUCUAAGGCAGCUCUAAAGGAUCACGUAGCAUAUUGUGCCUCAAAAGGUGCUCUAGACGCACUAACCAGGGUUAUGGCCCUAGAACUGGGACCUUUUGGCAUACGAAUUAAUACAGUUAACCCUACUGUCAUUAUGACUGAAAUGGGUAGAAAAGUUUGGGCGGAACCAUCAAAAUCAAAGGAAAUGUUAUCUAAAAUACCUCUUGGAAGAUUCGGUGAGGUGGAGGAAGUGGUUAAUGCGGUAAUAUUCCUGCUUUGUGACAGUGCUAGUUUAAUUUCUGGAGUACAAUUACCAAUUGACGGAGGGUUUUUGGCAACAUAAAUUGAUUUUGAUAUUAUUAUUGAUUAAUUUACAAUUAAAAGUAAUCAAAGAGAUUUUAGUUGUUUAAUGUGCCA